CGGCUUACUUUACCGUGCCCCUCCCCCGCUGUCUCUCUCCGCGCCCCGUUUCCCCGUCUCUCCUUCCAGUCUGACCUCACCUUUCCUCUUAAGCUGUUUGAGAUCCUCCAGAGUAAACAGGACUCUCCUGGGAGGCUGCUGCUCUCGGGCCCCUCCCCUCGAGGCCCGACCGCCUCUUGCUUCUCUCCUCGGACGGCUACUGCCUCUGUCCGUUUUAUCCUCUCCUUUCCUUCCGUCUGUAUCCAUUUCUUCCCCCACUGGCCUUAAGCUCUCUUUUCUCUCCAUAGCCCCCUCCAGCCUCUCCCCUUCCCCCCGCAGCACACACACUUAAAGAGUCUUGGAUUCCUAAAAAUCAUGAAGGGGGGCGGGAAUAGCCUUCGAGAAAGCUGAAGCUUAGCGUUGCAUGGCACUGCAUCGAGCCGUCCUUGCUCUCAUCGGCUCCCUUCCCUGGCCCCAUCCCUUUGCCCUUGCCUCUCUUUCAGCCUUCCUCUAAUUUCCCUUGGGAACCUGCUGAGUGUCGCUUUGGGAAAUUAAUUCGGCCAGCGUUUGGGGGCUGGGAGCCCGACUUUGGGGGAGGGUGGGGUUGGUUGUUGAGGUCACAGAGGUCUUCUAGAGGCCCCCCGAAGUGAAAGGGGGCAACUCAUGGGGUUAAAGGCAGUGGCAGAGAGGGGCUAUGUUGGAGAGCUGAUAAGGUGUGCCUUGGGGCCCUCCGGUGGGCUGUGCGGUGGCAUGUGAUUUCUCUGAGUAGGUGUCUUUGUAUGUCUGAAAUCCAGCGAGUGUGUGGGACUGCCCGUGUCAGUUACAUGUGUGCAUGUGGAGACGUAGAUGUUCUGGAGCCAUGUUGCUGCUUUGUGAGUGCCGAGUGGCUCCAUUGCGCUCUUGUGCUGUCUCAAGAGUGUGUGCCAGAAUGCCCAAACACCGGGCCAUGUGUCUCCGGAUCUCGUGGGCGCUCCUCUGUAGCUGUGUGUGUGAAUCGGUGUCAGCCUGUGUCAGCGUGUGUGCCUGUGUUGAGUAAAUGAGGCCAGAGAGCUGCUUAGCACAAGACCUAGGUCAGAUACCCUCCUGGAAAAGGGAUCAUGGAAGGACAGUGACCAGAAGGACGGGACGGGAGGAGAGGGGCCGGCCCCUUGGACUUUGGUCUCUGGUAGUCUCCCUCCCUCCCUCCCUCUAAUUCUCCCUCCCUCUCCCUAUCAGCCCAGAUGGGAAACUCAGGCCAGGGCAGCACAGACCUGGUGCUGGGGCCCCCAGAGAGAAGCCAAGUAGCCCCUGGCUUUCCAGGCGCAGGAUGCAGGGGAAAGUCCACCAGGACCUGAAGGAGAAGAAAGAGAAGGUGGAGGAGAAGGCCAGCCGAAAAGAGCGAAAGAAAGAAGUGGUGGAGGAGGAGGAGAACGGAGCCGAGGAGGAAGAGGAAGAAACUGCUGAGGAUGGAGAGGAGGAGGAUGAAGGGGAAGAAGAAGAUGAGGAAGAAGAAGAUGAUGACGACGAAGGGCCCGCGCUGAAGAGAGCUGCUGAAGAGGAGGAUGAAGCGGAUCCCAAGCGGCAGAAGACAGAAAAUGGGGCGUCGGCAUGAAGCCCCCCCGCCAGUGGGCUGGGGGUGGGAAGGCCCCUCAGGGCCUGGAGGUGGGGGUGGGAACAGAUGAGUGCAGCCACUCUUCACCUGGCUCCUGGCUCUGGACCCUGCCCCAGAGCUGCCACCCUCUUUGUCCCCAGCCUUUCUCGUGUCCGCCUCUCCAGACACUGCCCCUUCUAUCCUCACUCUGCCAUUGUUCCACCUCUUGACCUGCUCCAUCUGAGCUCCCCAGCUGGUCCCCAAUCACUCCUCUCCCUGUCCUUGUUCCCUCCCUCCCUCCCCCACCCCUCCUUCGGUAGCCUCUCCUUCCUCACCUCUGCAUCCCAGCCUCAUGUCCUGUCUGUCCCUACCCUGCCUGAUCCCUGAGUCUCCCUCAGAUCCCCUUCUCUCAGACAGCGCCAGGCCGGGGUGGGGCCAGGGUUGGGGCCGAGCCCCACAGCUGCCCCCCUCCCUUCUCCUCCCCUUUUUGUAUAAUUUAAUAAAGAAACGGUCGCGCUUCUGUUUUUAA